AUCCACGCCAUCUGAUAUUUGACCUCGCUGUAGUUUCCCUCCAAGUAUCCACAUCCACGCUCAAUUCAACAUAUCCGGGCAUCUUCGAUACCCUGCAUUGCUUCAUACUGUCACGGUACCCGUCGCUAUGCUUUCAAACCUUUUACGUGGCCAGCAUAGCCUCCAAAAGUGAUCUUCCCGCGCAACCGACAUGAUUGCAAUUGCACCUCCCAUCGCCCUUCUCCGGCCGGAUGCCCAUUCUCGCCCAUGACGCCGAAUAAUCCACACUAAAUAACCGUAUACAUUUCGAGACUAGAUCAACCAUCUCGUCCCCGACCUCGCGGACUACGAGGACUUGUCCAACGAAGACAUGGACUUUAACACAAGACAAGCCGCUCCGUCCUCAAUGGCCCCAUAUGCCAUGGCCAACGGUUCCACGGCCACGACGACUCUUCCAACAUCGCAGAUCCGGAGAGAAGGCAGCACAGAAAAUUCGGAGGAGUCAUCACCACGGAUCGCACAUACCCUAACGGCAUGCUGUCGGUGUCGGACCGUAAGUUUUCCCUCUGCUCGUAUGCCUUACGGCAGACCCGACCGAAAGCGCCUCGACUGCGUAUCUGCAAGCCUCCAUGCUAACCCUCGAUGGCAGCGCAAAACCCGAUGCGAUCCCGGCCUCCCCCGCUGCGGCCCCUGCGAACGGACGAACUCGUUCUGCGAAUACUUCGACCCGGCCAAGGGCGUCAAGAUCCCUCGGAACUAUGUCGUGCAUCUGCAGCACAAGGUUCGCGCGCUCGAGCAGCAGCUAGAGGAGUUAGAGAAGGAGGAGCAGGAACCGGACCCGGAGGACAUGAUGCGGGGACCGGCCAACGUGCGGUUGGGGGAGAGCGACGAAUCGAAAUUCCUGGGGCCGUCGAGUGGGAUUGCGAUCACGCGGCUGGUGAUGCAGUUGGCGAAGCAGUUCAAUGAUAGCAAGAGUAUCACCGACAUCGUGAAUGCGGAGAGGAAGAAGUUCAUCAAGAGUCGGUUCCUAAUUGAGGAGGACAAACCGACGAGUAAGAUAUACCCUCUGAUCAGCAAUGUGGCGGCGGAGGAAUUGCCGAAUCGUGACUUGACAAAUCGGCUGGUGCUCCUCUUCUUCCUUAAAGUCCACCCCAUGUAUCCCAUCUUCCACGAACCGACUUUCCUCCGCGACGUCGAAACCGUCUACUCCUCGCCCGCUUCUGCCUCUCCGUACCAGCAAUUCUGUCUCCGGGUGGUCAUUGCCAUAUCACUCCAAAAGAUGGAUACCCAGUACGCCGGCCUUGCCGACUCCUACUACCUCUCCGCCCUGCAGUACUUCGAAGCCUGCGUCAAGCCCAUGGACUUACAGACUCUACAAUGCUUCGCGCUGAUCGGCGGCUACUCCCUCCUGACGCCGACGCGCACAGCAGUCUACUACGUCGUUGGCCUGGCAGUCCGACUAGUGCAGACCCUAGGGCUCCACGAAGAAAAGACCGUUGCGAGAAAACGAGACGGGAAGCUGAAGAACGCGUUGGAGCUGGAUAUGAGUCGGCGGGUCUUCUGGAUCAUCCUGACCAUGGACUACGGCCUCGCACACAGCCUGGGGAGACCGAGCUGUAUCGCAACGCUAGAAGAGCACAUCGAUGUGGAAUUCCCCGAACAAGUGGACGACGAGUACAUUCGCGAGGACGGGGUCGUGCCAGGAGCACCGCCAUCGUUGAAGAAGUGGAUCGCGGUGCACUUUUUCCGAAUGAGACUGUUACAGCUGGAAAUUCGGCGGAAGUUGUACCAGGUGAAGCGGUCCCAACCGAAAGAUGAUAACGAUCCGUGGUUCAAACAAAUGGAGGCGAAAUUGGUAAAAUGGAGGGAUACGAGUCCUGAGAUGGACGCUGGCUCGGGGUUGAAUAAGGUUUGGUUCAUUGGUCGCUACAAUACCAUGAUCGUCUUCCUAUUCCGACCCUCUCCACAGGUUCCACGACCUUCCGUCCGAGCAGCCCACCUCUCUUACGAUGCCUGCGAAUACAAUAUCUAUAUGCAGCGCCGGCAGAUUGAGACGAAGUCGGUCGAUCUGACCUGGAUCUUCACCCAGUCGAUCUUCAUGACCGUCAACACCAUUCUUUGGGCUUUGUCAUAUGAAGAUGUGCGGCGUGCACACCCACGGGAAGAGGUUGAGAAGCACCUGACGGUUGCCAUGGAAGCCAUUUCGCUGGCCUCGGACCGAUGGCCAGGAGUCACCAGCGCACUUGAGCUGUAUCAGACACUCAUUGAGGCGUGUCUUAGAGUCUUCGAUAAGGCUGGCGAUAUCCCCAUCUCGGCCGCUUCUCCUUCAGAGACCCUCUCGACAUCGACCUUCGAUCGCGCUUCAAGAUCAAGGACCACUAGUCCCGCCACUGUCUCGACCAGCUCAAUCGCUACGCCGCCAGAGAAGACUAUGGGCACAUUUGGGUAUCUCGCCCAGGCAACCUCAACCACGCAAUCCCAGACCUCACCCACCAGCUCUGCUCCAGAGCAUUCUAACUUCUCACCGAACCAUUCGUCUGCUCCGUCGAGCCAGCGUAGUCCCUACGGUACGGACAUGGCCCGCGAUCCAUCAUUGCCCUUCAAUACUCUCCCGCAGUCUUUCGAGCUCUCAUCAGCCCCUUGGAACCCGUCCUUCGGCUUUGACGGCGGUCAAUCGGCCACCCAUCAGCAAUCCCACACCUCUCCCAAUGACUAUCCCCCCACCGACCCCUUAUCCUCGCCAGACCGGUCCUCCUCCGACAUUCACCGUCCUAAUAAUGCAUCCAACCCCAUGGGUGGCACUGCAGCUUCUCUCGCCCAACAGCAACAACUCCCCACCACCACCGCACCCACCACCGACGCGCUUACCAACCUGCUGUCCUUCCAGCUGCAGCCGACCGACUAUCUCUACCCACAGAGCAGCUGGCCCACGUACCAAGGCUCGCAUCAGCAAGACCUGUUCGGAAGGGACUCGAACGCCGGACUUACGGCCCAGCAGCAGGUGGAGCUGAUGCAGGCGUUGGAGACGGACGGGUUGGAUGCGAUGGAUGGGUUGAUCGAGGAGGGGAAGGGCCUCUUUUAUCCGGGGGUGGAUUGGUAUGGGACGGUGCAAGGAACUUAAUUCCUCUGGAAGGAUGGGAACCGCAUGGCGGACCGGCAUCUCGCACCCUUUUUGCGAUCACGCGCUCUGCAGAGCUGCGACUUACUAUUGGAUUUCACUUUUACUGGCUGCGUAGCUGCUUCGUCAUGUUUGCAGCACAAGCGAUUUACUAGGAUAUGGAAAUGACUACUACGACGUCAUGGAAUUGGUUAUAGGAAAUAAUAGCGACGCUAGGAAGAGCGAGAAGAGCAGGAACAUCUUCAUCACUUAUCCGUUGACCUUUAGCAGCGUUUGAAUAUCCUUUGUAUCGUUCGCAUUCUUUGAGAUUUAUCCGUCGAGGAGGCAAUAUCUUGGCUUGUAUUGGAUCAGCUAGCGAGCUAGCUGGAGGCAACGCUGAUAAAAAUUCAGCUUCAAUAG